AGAGAGUAUGGCCAUGACAAAAUCAAGGUCCUCAAAUCUCAAGUAGCCUUGGUCAAGCCACAGCUAAGAGAUGUAGGUCGAUUGAUAGCCAACAGCUUCCAUUUGAAAUUAAACAAACUUCGAUUGCUGAAAACCUGAGAAGUAAACGAAAGAUUAGACAACAACAGCCUGCAACUCCUAAUAAUCUGGAGCUUAAUAAAAGACCUCAGAUUAGAAAAGAGGGAUCCUGGGACGAAAGCUCUGUAGAAGCUGAGGAGCUUGAGACAAAGAAAUAUAACCCAAGAUUUAAGCCUCCAAAGCCAAGCUUAAUGGGUAGUAUCCAAGGCUUUGAUAGUAGCAACAAGGCUGCUUAUAAAUCAUUCCAAGAUGACUCUAAAAAGAAGAGAAAGUUGAAUCUUUACAAUUCCAUUGAUAGCAGAAAACAACCCUCUAUAAAAUCUAAGGCACAUAAGAAGCCGAAGGAGGAGCCUUCAACAGCAGAAUUAAUAAGAUCAAGUAUUAAUGAACCCUCAAAAUCUUUUCCUUUAAGAAAUAUCUGAAAUGAAACUGGCCCUUUAAGCACAAAGUACAUCCUGAUCUCAGGAUUCCUUAAACCAAAAGAGAAAGGAUUAUUUGCUUAUAGGUUAUCUUCUGGAAAUUAUGGAAUUUUGUUCCCAAAUUCAUCAAAAAUCGUGGUUUCACAAGACUUAUUCCAAUUCUAUUACCUUAGAAGGAGUCUGAAGGAUGGGAAAUCUCAGUUCAAAGCCUCCUUACAUAACUUCAAGAAGGUCCCAGCUUGUUUAAAAUCCCAGUUGAAAGAGGUAUAUUCAGCCCUACAAUCUCUUUGUGGGAAGAAACUGCUGCAUGACUUCUCAAAUCCAGAGUCUGUUGAUGAAAGCUUCUACCUGAGCCAGAACAUAGUUUACUGCAACAGAAUUAGGCAAGAAAGCUCAGCCUUCGUGUUCAAGAUGAGCAACCAAAUUCUGCAUAUAAUCUUUACUGAUUUAACAGAGAUCAUCUUUAAUGAGAAAGAAUUGGUGUCAGUGAUCAUUACCAAAGAUAGCCAAAUUUUGAAAGCAAAUAUAGGAAAUAACUUCCACAGUUACUUUACACUAGCAAAGAAUAAUGAAGAGCUGCAUAGGAAAUUAGUGUUUGCUAAGGAGAUAUUCCAGAGGGGUAAUACGAUGAGUGUACAGAAAUCUACAAAGAAGAAAUAUUCCCUGUAUAUGAACCCACUAUCAAAGAAGCCUACAAAUUGUUCAAUGAACCUAGACUACAAGCCUUAUCCUUUAAAGCAUAAUAGGAAGAAAACUACUUCUGAUGUGAAUUAUAGAACUGCAAGGGAAGCUAUUCAAAAUGGAGCUGCACAAGAAAUCAGAAAGAAAUUAGCUUCUCAAUUUUAUAACUUCUCUAGGCCCGGUCAGAAGAGAAAUCAUCCUCUGUUAAAAAACAAAUCAGGCCUUGGAAAGAGCUCUGGUCAUUCAUUAAGCAAUGACUUCAACAAUAAGGCUCUUUAUCAUUCUAAUAUUUCAUAAAUAAGUUCAGGAUUUUUCUUA